AUGUCAAAUGUCAUCAUUGAAAGAUGCAAUAGUAAAUGUGUGCACAAUGAAUUGUUUCCCGACAGGGAUUACGUGCAGAGAUUACAGGGGGCAUCCUACGAGUUCGUGGAUUUUAAGAAUCCUAUUUUAGACGAGGUGGAGUUCGAAUCUUUUAUAAAAAAUCCACCCUAUAAACUAAAUCUUACGAUAGACGAAUUAAUUGGGACGUCGAGUAAAUCCCGAGUGUAUAAAAAAUUCCUAUCGGGGGGUCGAAGUAAACCACCGAGACCCCCAAAUUCAUUCGUUAUAUUUCGAAAAAAUUUCGUGGCAGGCGUCAACUCGCGAACAAAGGCGCCAAAAAUGUCAAAAAUAGUGGCGGAAGCUUGGGAGUCUCAACCUCCAGCCGUUAGAAAAUUUUUUAAUAUGCUGGCCGAGAGAGCGAAGGUCAUGCAUAAUGAAAAAUUUCCAAAUUAUAAAUAUACACCUCGGAGAUCAAAAAAAAUCAAAGAAAAAAAUGCUCCCGCCGGUGAGAGCAAGGAUAUCUGCGAUGACUAUUUGAAUUACGAAUAUUGCGAUGAGGAAACAAUGUCACAAUAUAACGAUCCCGUUGCCGGGGUUCCCGUUGUCGGGAAUGAUAUUGAUGAAGAUCCCGUUGCCGGGAACGAUAAUUAUGAAUUUCCGACCUUCGGAAAUUAUUCCGUUCCGAUCAGCGAAAAUUGGUUGGAUCUAUCAUCUUUCGAUUUCGAUAGUUUUUCAAAUAAUUUUUUCUAG